UCGGUGCGAGUCGUAAAGACGAGGCCCAGCUUAGUGAACCGUUCGUUCGUGAAACACACUUGGAAGACUUGUUACCGUUCCUCUCUUCUGCCGAGACAACCCGGAACCAGUCUAGAAUGCAUAGACGGGAAAGCCAAUCUUAUUCCGUAAUACAUCACAGCAAAACGUGAUAAAAAUAGACACGUUUGGGAUCUAGGUUACCCCAUUUCAACCAACGAAUUUGCGUAUUCUCGUGAUAAGUGAAUUAAUUGUCGACUGGCCAGUCUGUCAUGCACAAACAGUGAAACUCCACUGUCAGAGUGGUAGACCGACAGAGAGAUGAAUGUUUCGCACGUGUACUCGUUGCGUUUGUACAACAAACACCUUGUUACUGUGUGUGGAAGUGCAUUACCAAUAUUGAGACCGACAGCUUCACAGUGUUGCGUUUGCAGAAGGCUACGAAGUACAGGUGUUUUCCAAUCAGACGAUUUCACAACCGUGAAAGCUCCCAAACCGUUUCGGGAUAUACCAGGUCCCCGCGGACUGCCUUACCUCGGGUCACUGUUGGACCACAGAAUAGGACGCUUCAAGAAUGUUGACAAGUACCAAGAUUCAUUGAUAUGGCUGCAUGACAAAUAUGGGAAGAUUGCGAAGAAGACACUUGCUGGUAAAACUACUGUCCACAUAUUUGAUCCUGACUAUUUCCGAACGGUGUACCAACAUGAAGGCAGGAUUCCCUACAUCCCCCCACUGCUGGAGAGUGUGCAGCUCUACAGACGGAAGAGGGACAUGUCUCCUGGACUGGGCUUUACUAAUGGUGAAGAGUGGUACCGUCUCCGCACAGCGGUCCAGAAGUUGAUGAUGAGACCUCACGAAGUCUAUGCUUACCUCCCCUUUACAAAUCAAGUUGCAUCAGAAUUUGUGGACAAGAUUGAGAACUUAAGAAAUGAAGAUGGUGAAGUGAAAGACUUCGAAAUUGAAAUGGCAAAGUGGUCUUUGGAAUCUGCAGCAAUGAAUUGUUUUGAGACGCGUCUUGGAUACUUGGACAAUUCAGCCUCUGCAGAAGCAAAUAGGAUGGUCAACUCAAAUACAGUUUUGUUUGAGAAGUCGACCAAAAUGAAGUUUUUACUACCCCUGCAUAAGCUUGUCACCACCCCAACAUGGAAGACCAUUUUAGAUUCUGAGGACUUCUUUGCUGGGACGGGAUGUCGUUUAGUCGAAGAAACUGCCAAGAAGAUCCAGACGUUGGUGGACGAGGACAAGCUGACGGAAAACAAGUACAUGUUCCUGGCAUACCUGCUCACACAGAAAGAACUCAGCUUUAAAGAUGUCACCACUAUCACUCUGUCCCUGUUUGGGGAUGGCCUCAGCACGACAGUUCCAGCAGCACUCUUCAACUUAUACUGUCUGGCUGCCCACCCCAAUGUCCAGCAGACCCUGGUAGAGGAGAUCAGAGCUGUGGUUCCCCAACAAGGGGAGAUAACUGCACAGAUGAUACAGAAGAUGCCAUAUCUUAAAGCUUUUGUCAAAGAGACUUUCAGGUUUUACCCAAUUGGCCUAGAAGUGUCCAGAAGUCUCCAGAAAGACCUGGUUAUUGGAGGGUAUCAUGUACCUGCUGGGACUCAGCUGGAAAUGAACAACUUUGUACUCUUUAAGAAGCCUGAGUACUUUCAUGAACCAGAGACUUUUCUUCCCGAGCGUUGGCUCCGUGGUGGUUCUGCCCACAACAUCCACCCAUUCCUCCUCACACCGUUCAGCCACGGUCCAAGGAUGUGUGCAGGAAGAAGAUUUGCUGAGCAGGAUCUGUAUGUACUACUGACAAAAGUUCUGCAGCGCUUCCAGGUAAAAUGGCACCACAAGGAGAUGGGGCAGAGAUAUCAGGUACUGAUGGUGCCUGACUGCCCAGCUAGGUUCUCAUUUGCAGACAGGACAUAAUUCAUGGAAUGUUCUGAAAAAAAUGUUGUAUGCAGUCUUGGAUGUCAUACUCAGUAUCCAAUGUCAUAUGCAAUCUCUGUGUUGAAUGUUAUAUGCAGUCUUUGAAGAUACAUGCAAUCUCAGAUGUUGUACACAGUCUUAAGUGAGUUAAAAUAUAAUGUUGCAUCAGCUUUUUUCAGCCAUAUAGUGACUCACUGCCUGAAUUAGUGAGUACGUUUUUAUUCAAGCAAUAUCAUGGUGGGGGACACCAGAAUUGGACUUCACACACUGUACCCAUGUGGGGAAUCGAACCCGGACCUUUGGCGUGACGAGCCAACACUUUAACCACUAGGCUACCCCACCCGCCCCACAGUCUUGAAUGUUGUGUCCAGUCUCGAAUGUAAUUAACAAUCUGAGAUGUCAUGUUCAUUCAAAAUAGUGUUCGACAACCAAAUUUGAUCUGAGAUCAUAUGCAGUUUUGAAUGUUGUAUGCAGACUCAGAUGUCAUAUUCAGUCUAGAAUACCAGACUCAAUACGGGAUGCCAUUUUUAAUCAGAUGGUGUUAUACUACCACUAGUCAGUGAUACGGGAGGCAGCAACUCCAUAAUCUGGUAUUGGAUGUAUAAUGAGUGAGUGAGUGAGUUUAGUUUUACGCCACACUCAGCAAUAUUCCAGCUAUAUGGCGGUGGUCUGUAAAUAAUCGAGUCUGGACCAGACAAUCCAGUAAUCAACAG